AAAACAACCUCACUGAAGCUCUGCUAAACAGCACAAAGAUAACACAAACAUGAAAAUCUAAAUCUUUUUUAACAGGACAAAAUACAAACAAGACCUAUCAAAUAAUACUUCUCAGAAUAACGAUAACUGCCAGAAUGACUUAAACAGAAGAAAUUGGUCAUGGAAACCUGUGACAUGGAGCCUACUGAAUCAGACAGCCUUCCUGGCUGUGACAUAAAGAAUGAAAUAAUGUUAACACACACCAAUGCUUUAGCCACAGACAACAUCAUCCAGAAUGAAGAAAAAAGUCUCAAAGACAUUCUGGCUAAAAUUGAAAAUCUGUGUAAUACUUUAUUACCUGAAGACCAUCAUUACAUUCUGAUGACCACCAGUACAGGGAAGAAAACCUUUGAUUUUUGUGGAUCUAAGAACGCCAUUAGUUUUAUUGAUAAAUAUAAAACCAUGGCUCAGGAUUUCGUUCUGCACUGUUACAGUGCUGUUUCUGUAGAGGAAGAUACACCAGAAAACAGUACUGAAAUUAAAGCAGAAGGUAAUUCUAAGAUAUCAUUGGACGAUGAUGAUCAUGAUGAAGAAGAAGACACACCUUGUGACGUGAAUGAUGAAAUUGAUGUAGAAAAAUCAAUCGAGAAAAUUGUAAAAAUGCUUGUCACCAAGCAAAAUAUGUCCAUAGAUAAUGUUUUAAAAGAAUUGGUUAAGUUGAAUGAUUCUUUGGAUGGAUGUACUGACAACGCAUCUGCUGCAAAAUUUAUUGCUGAAAGGGACAUAACUCCUGAGAGAGAGAACCUAGGAGAUGGUCCUUGUACUGAUAAUGACAAUGUUAAAAAUAUUGAGGCUAGAGGUAUUGCAGUCAAAAAUGAUUUAGAAGAUGAUGAUUUAGAAGAAAUGGCUGAUGAAGAUGAUUUUGAAGAUACAGUUGAUGAUAUUGGAGAUGAAGAUUACGUAGAAUCUGAUGAAUCAAAAGAAUGUGAACCUACAGCUUCCAAAAGGAAAACGAGAGGAAGGACCUCUGAUAAAUCAAUUCAUCCAUUUAAAUGUGAUAAAUGUGGGCAUCACUUUGCAACAGAAAAAUUUCUUCAAAACCAUUUAGAAGAACAUGUCGUUUUUGAUAAGAUGGAUGAUAAAAAUACAGAAUGCUCUAUUUGUCAGAAAACAUUCUGUGACAAACCAAGUCUUAGGCGUCAUUACAGAACUCAUUCUAAUUGUCAGCUUUAUGAAUGUCAGAUCUGUAGUAAAUCGUUUUCUCGUUCUGACACAUACAAGAAUCAUCUCAGAAUUCAUAAAGAACCAGAAUUUAAAUGCACAAAGUGCAAUCGUCAUUAUCAUACAAAGCAAUCACUUACAAAACAUGGUUAUACUUGUGAUGGAUCAUCUACAGAAAAUACUGAAAAGCAAGAAGACAGCAAAGACCAAAAAUUUACAUGUGCAAAAUGCAAUUGUCAUUUUAAUACAAAGCAAUUACUAACAAAACAUGCUGAAAACUGUAAUGAAUCAUCUACGAAAAAUACUAAAGAACAAGAAGACAGCAAAACAUCUGUUAAAAAGAAACGGGUUAGGCUUUCAUUAUCAGGUGAAUGGCAAUGUUUAAAGUGUAACCUUAGAUUUACUUCUGAGUUGUUUUUACAAAAUCAUCUGGAUGAACAUAAGAUUUUUGAUAACAUGAAUACUGAGGAAAAACAAUGUCCUGAAUGUAACAAAACAUUUUCUGAUAUUAAAAAUUUAAAACGACAUUACCGAACUCAUUCAAAAUGUCAGUUGUAUGAGUGUCCAUUUUGUAGUAAAACUUUUAAUCGAUCAGACACCUAUAAAAAUCAUCUGAAUUGUCAUGGAGAUCCAAAGUUUUCCUGUUCCCAAUGCAACAGACAAUACCACACUCAGAGUGCACUGAACAAGCAUAGUAGAAAAUGUGGAUCCAGUCCGUUCUCAGAAUGUAAAGAAUGUAAAAUAAUGUUUUCUAACCGAGAGAAUUAUGAAAUGCAUGUAUGUAAUUCUGAUGAUCCAGCUAACUUUAUAAAGACUUACGAGUCUGCACAAACAGAAGAUGGAAAACAUUUUUGUGGAAUUUGUAACAAGGUGUUCAACAAGCGUAAAGGCCUUCUCAGACAUCGUAAACUUCAUUCAGAAGUGUUGUAUAGAGAUAAUGCUUGUGAAAUAUGCAAGAAAAAUUAUAAAUCAAAACAAAUUUUACAAAAACACAUCAAAGCUGUUCAUUCAGAAACACGAGACUAUGUGUGUGAUCUAUGUGGGAAAAGUUUCAGUAGGUCAGAUGGAUUGAAGCAGCAUUUGAAAACUCACAGUACGGAUGAUUCAGUUAAAGUGGAAUGUAAUCUCUGUAGUAAGCUUCUUUCUUCUAGAACAGCUUUGAGUGUACACAUGAGAAUUCAUCAAGAUGCAGAGCCCUACAUAUGUGAAGUAUGCGGCAAGUCGUUCAGGCAGCAGAGUAACUUACGAAGUCACAAGUUAGUCCAUACUGAUGAAGCUAACUAUAACUGUGACAAAUGUCCGAAAAAGUUAAAAUCACUUGCCCUCUGGAAAACUCACAUGAGAGCUCAUGCAGUUAAAGAAGGACUUAAUGAUGAGACUAUUUUGGCAAAGUUUGGCAAGUUUUACACAUGUGAGCUUUGCCAGAAAAAAGUGGCUACAGCUACUCAGUAUAAACAGCACAUGAGGUCUCAUUCUAAUGAAAGGCCAUAUUGUUGUGAUAUUUGUUCUAAGUACUUUAAAGAAAGGUCAAAACUGAAACGUCAUUUACAUAAUGUGCAUUCAGAGAGAAUGUAUGAGACAAAUAUGGUAAGCCUUCAACCAGUUUGUUUUAACAAUUAUCAAUAAAAAGGGGUGUAAGAGUUCAAUUGGUAAAAUAAAUCAAUAUGUUCAAUAAUUGUGUUUGUAUGUAAUAAAAGUCAGCAGUCAUUCUUACUUUUCAAAGAAAAAAAAUAUUCUAGAAUGAAAUUGAUUCAAUUGUGUGAGAAAAUUGUCAAACAUAUGUUCAUGUUUGUCAAUGUGCUGUUUUUGAUUUUUAUAUGUAUGUAUGCUAUUACAUACAAGUUACUCAUAUUCAUGAUAGAGAAGGCAUUAUCAUGUUACAUAUUUUUAUGAAAGUUAAGUCAUGCGCUAUUUACAUUUAUGAAUAAAUAUGUUGUUUGGUCACUAAUUGGAACAUUUUUCUAUAUAUUUAUUUCUGGAAUGAGUUAUUACAUGUUCUAUGGUUUUACUGUAUAUUACAUUGUAUAUAUGUAUUCUAUGAUUACCUGCCUUAAAUGAAGAUGUAGUGCGAGAAUGAACCCAAAAUUUGGAGAAAUUAUAUGUGGUGUAUACAUAUAGUUUUUUUAACAAGUUAUUGAGCUAAAAAUGUAGGUUUGGUUAAUAGAUAAGAUAAAGUUGGCCUGCUAUAUGGCGUUGGUAUUUUUCUUCUUAGAUUUUUCUGCUUUUGUUUUUCUCUGUGCACUCACAAUCUUAUGAUAGUCCUUGGAAUCAUCUGCAGGGGGAUUUGCUGUAUUUCUGUACCACUUUCCUUCUCAUCUCGGACGAAUUGGCCAUUUUAACUAACUUCUGUCUAUAGCAUAUAAGUUGUAUACCUUCUGCUAUUUUCUGCUUGGCUAAACUGCCACUUGGGUCCCUGGACCAAAACUAGCAUUGGCUUCCUUCAAAGUUAUGCUAAGUUAAGGAUGGAAUUUGAAUUGGUCUUCACAAGACUUUCUUUGAAACUUGUAGUCAUCGUUCACCAAAAGUUCAUUUUGUAAUCUGUUCAUCGCUUAACACUAUUCUUGAUGUCAGGAUCCAUCUGGCUCUCAGAAUUUUUUUUAUAUUCAAUUAAGUUAAUCAAGGCUAGAAAUGACCAUAUAUACACCUAUCAUUUAACACAAUAAUGUUUCCUGCUCAAAAAAUGCAUACGCCUUCGAACUACUAUGUGAGAAGACAAUUAAUUCCCAUUACAUAACACUAACUUGCCAAAGAUAUCAGGAAUUUUUGUCUGACAGGUUACAAAAUUAUAGAUUGAUGUACAUGUAAAUGGUUUUUUUUAGAAAAUAUUUUUUUCACCCUAGAAUUUAGUAAUUAAUUUCUUUUAUAAUAAAUUUAAUUGCAUGUUUUGAUCCUUUAUAUUUUUUUGCAUGCACCUUUCUGUUUUGAUUGAGAACUUUUAGUCCAUCUGAAUAUAUAUUU